AUACAUACACACGUUCGCAUCCAUCGGUGGCCAGCACUCAUUGUGGACUGCGCGACAAAUGAUGAAAGGCAUCGUACCGUCCCAGAGCACAACGACUCUCCACCGUAGCGACAACGAAAAGUAUCUUUACCUCAUGAGCAGCGACAACGAUCACGACGAAGGACACAAUGACGAGGGCAUCGGCAUUGGCGGUGGUACGGAACAAUCGACGUCAUCCACCAUGUCACCUAACAGUCAGAAAGCAGGCCAUGCCCAGCAAAUGUUUGAAGACGCCAACAGCGACAGAAACGUAGCGAACACUUUAUUGCCCACAGCGUCUCUGGCGGAACGCACUUUGUCGCAAUCCGGCGUUUUCGCUACCAACAUAACCACCAACGAUAACACCAACCAAGAAGAGCAGGAUCACGUGGCGUUGGCCGCAGCGGCAGCAACAGUAAACGCAGCCCUCCAUCCAGAACAACCGCAUCCUCCCCAACCCGAAGUCGAAUUGGCCGUGGCGGCGGCGCACGCCGUGACAGUCGACGGACAACACCAUUCCUUGCUCGACGGUGCUACGACGGAAUCAUCACUUCCUGAUCAAGCGGAGAAACGACAAAGUGCAGGGAAGAAACGGGUCCGACGUGUCGGAAACGUCGCUGAGCCUCGGAAAGAACACAAAGGAUUCCAUUCGUCCGAGCCGCCACAAACGUCUCGACCAUCGUCCCUACCACACCAGCCCACAUUCGACUCACAGACGGCCUUGCCACAGCGGGCCCUACACAAUACUCAAAGCGUGGCAGCGGCGGCCUCUGCGGUUGCUAUUGAAGCGACUGGCAAUUGCAAGGGGCAGUCCAAGCACGACGAAAAGUGGAACGCCAUGCUAGAAAAGCUCAUAGCUUACGAACGGGAACAUAAAUCCACCAUGGUACCUCAGUGCUAUCAUCUAGAUCCGCGACUUGGAAGGUGGGUUCACUAUCAACGAGUGGAGUACUGGUUGUACCAAUCCUCGGGCAAGGGAAAAAUCAAUACCGAUCGCAUUGCGCGUUUGGAAGCGAUGGGCUUUGAAUGGGAUCCACAGCGGGCGCAAUGGAACCUCAUGUACGACAAACUGCUAGCUUUUGCGGCCGAAAACGGACACUGCAAGGUCCCCAAGGGGUAUCAGAAAGAUCCGGAGUUGGCCAACUGGGUUCGGAAUCAGCGCCUCGAAUUUGCCAACCUGCAGCGCGGACGUAAAACACGCAUGAACCAACUUCGUCUCGACAAACUCAAUGCAAUUGGUUUCAAGUGGAGUACGUCCAUGCCGUUUCGAGUGAAGGGUGAUUCGGCAUCGAGUAGGGUUGACAACCGUACCGACCCUGCCAGCGAUGGCGACGCCACGGACGCUAGUACGAAUGCGGCCACAUCCCACGUUACCGCGAAGACGCACCAACAACUUGCGUCAACAAAUGCGGCAGGGUCUAGUGUUGUUCUUGCCGAGCAUGGAAGAGUCGAAACGUCCGAAAUCUUGCCACAAACCCAAUCUAUGCAGGAGCAAACGGUUUCGACUAUAUCACACAACCCUGUGGACGAGCCCGUCACUACAAUCGAACAGAAGAACUUACGCGGUUUCGCAUCCGAACGGCAGCAGCCACAUGAUACACGGGAGGAAACGAAGCAUCCGCGGAACGAGGAUUUGGAUGGUACCGGUUUGGAAGACGAGCCGUCGCUCAACUUUGACUUGAUUUAAUAGCAAACACCGCGAGGGCUAUGUCGAAAUAACCGCUAUCAUGCUCAAAAAUCUUUCUCUUUAAAGCGAAGAGUUGAUUGGUAAAGUAGCAUCUAUGGAGACAAUACAACACAACUUUUUGAUAUAGAUUGUAGC